AUGUCUCACCAAAGAAAGCAGCCCACCCCCCAGCCUCCAGUGGGCUUUGGGAAGACCUCCGGCGGCGGCGGAGGUGGCGGUGGCAGUGGCGGUGGCGGCGGCGGCGGCGGCGGCUGUGGCUUCCACAGCGGCGGCGGCGGCGGCGGCGACGGUGGCUGUGGCUUCCAUAGCGGCGGCGGUGGUGGAUUUGGGGGCUGCGGUGGUGGUGGCUCCGGUGGUGGCGGCUCCGGAGGGAGCGUCAAGUACUCCGGCGGCGGCGGCGGCGGCGGCUCCGGCUGUGGAGGCGGCUACUCUGGUGGCGGCGGCGGCUACUCCGGCGGCGGCGGCUCCAGCUGUGGGGGCUCCGGUGGGGGCUCUGGUGGGGGCGUCAAGUACUCCGGCGGCGGCGGCGGCGGCUCCUCCGGGGGCGGCAGCGGCUGCUUCUCCUCCGGCAGCGGCGGCUACUCUGGCGGCGGCGGCUCCAGCUGUGGUGGGGGCUCCGGCGGGGGCUCCGGUGGGGGCGUCAAGUACUCUGGCGGCGGUAGCGGCGGCUCCUCUGGAGGCGGCAGCGGCUGCUUCUCCUCCGGCGGCGGCGGCUCCUCUGGGGGCGGCAGCGGCUGCUUCUCCUCCGGCGGCGGCGGCUCCUCUGGGGGCGGCAGCGGCUGCUUCUCCUCUGGCGGCGGUGGCGGCGGCGGCUCCGGUUUCUGCGGCGGCUCCUCCGGCGGCGGCGGCGGCGGCGGCUCCUCGGGCCAGGUGGUCCAGUGCCAGAGCUAUGGAGGAGUCUCUAGCGGCGGCUCCUCCGGGGGCGGCAGCGGCUGCUUCUCCUCUGGCGGCGGCAGCGGCGGCGGCGGCGGCGGCUCCGGUUUCUGCGGCGGCUCCUCCGGCGGCGGCGGCUACUCAGGCAGCGGCUCCAGCUGCGGCGGCGGCUCCUCCGGCGGCGGCGGCGGCGGCGGCGGCUACAGCUCGCAGCAGACCACCCAGACCUCGUGCGCGCCCCAGCAGAGCUACGGAGGGGGCUCGUCCGGCGGCGGUUCCUCGGGGGGCGGAGGCUGCUUCUCCAGUGGCGGCGGCGGCUCCUCCGGGGGCGGCGGCUGCUUCUCCAGCGGCGGCGGCGGCUCCUCCGGGGGCGGCGGCGGCUGCUUCUCCAGCGGUGGCGGCAGCUCUGGCUGCGGAGGUGGUUCCUCCGGGGGCGGCGGCGGCUCCAGCUGUGGCGGUGGCUCCUCAGGGGGAGGCUCCGGGAGUGGCAAGGGCGUCCCGGUCUGCCACCAGACCCAGCAGAAGCAGGCGCCUACCUGGCCAUGCAAAUAAGUCCCCCAGGAUGCCGUGGAGGCAAAGGAGCUCCUGGAGGUGUUCUCUGUGGGCGCCGAUGGGCUUAGUGCUCUCAUGAUAUUGCCAAAUCCUUCACAUCUUAACCUACGUAGAAGAAGCCAUUGAGUUCUCAAGCUGCAUCUUGUUCUGCAGUUUUUCCUUCUUGGUUU